AUGAGAGUGCUGGGGCUGGGAGGGAGUAAAGCAACAGACUCACAAGUGAAGCAUCUUUCUUCUCUUCUGGAGAAUCCCAGCUGUAAACUGGAGAUACUAGACCUGACAAACUGCAGCAUUGGAGAGGAAGGCUUCACAGCUCUUGCAUCAGCACUGAGAUCAAACCCCUCACACAUGAGAAAGCUGUGGCUGAAGGGGAGUAAAGCAACAGACUCAGGAGUGAAGCAUCUUUCUUCUCUUCUGGAGGAUCCCAGCUGUAAACUGGAGAUACUAGAACUUGCGGGCUGUAAACUCACAGAAAAGUCCUGUGAGCUUGUGGCCUCAGUUCUGCUGUCACCAAACUCCCUCAUAGAGCUGGACCUGAGUGAAAACAACCUGGGAUAUUCUGGAGUUCAGCUUCUUUCCAAAGGACUGUCUAAUCCCCUCUGUAGACUGCAGACAUUAAGACUCACUGGCUGCAAACUCACAGAAAAGUCCUGCGAGCAUGUGGCCUCAGUUCUGCAGUCACCAAACUCCCUGAUGGAGCUGGACCUGAAGGAUAAUGAGCUGACAGAUUCUGGAGCUCUGUAA